AUGGACCUCAAGGCCACCGCACUUAUGAAGCUCACAUACCUUGAGAUGUUCGGCCACGACAUGUCUUGGGCUAGCUUCAACGUCCUCGAGGUCAUGUCAAGCUCCAAGUUCAAGCAGAAGCGCACUGGAUAUUUGGCCGCAGUACAAAGCUUUCGACGUGAUACAGAGGUCCUAGUGCUCGCGGAAAACCAACUGAAGAAGGACAUCAUGAGUUCGAGCCCACAAUACAUCGCGCUCCCGCUAGGCGCUAUACCACACGUCAUAAACCCGAGCAUGGCCAACUCAGUCCUUUCCGACUUGAUACCGCGAUUGACGCAUUCGCACGCAAUGGUCCGGAAGAAGACGGUAGUAACGUUGUACCGCUUGGCUCUUGUGUAUCCGGAAACACUACGACCCGCAUGGCCCAAGAUCAAGGAGCGCUUGCUAGACGAUAACGAAGAUGCGAGCGUGACAGCGGCAAUCGUAAAUGUCGUCUGCGAGCUGGGAUGGAGGCGACCACAAGACUUCCUACCGCUUGCACCAAGAUUGUUUGAUCUCCUGGUAGAGGGCGGGAAUAACUGGAUGGCUAUCAAGCUUAUCAAACUUUUUGCAACAUUGACUCCGUUAGAACCUAGACUCAUCAAGAAACUGCUACCUCCGUUAACUAAGAUUAUACGGGAGACGUCUGCUAUGUCAUUACUUUACGAAUGUAUCAGUGGUAUCAUUCAGGGUGGCAUCCUAGAAGCCGUAGAAGGUACCGUAGAAGGCGAGGAGGUAGCAAAGCUAUGUGUCGGCAAACUACGAGGCAUGAUGAUAAUAGAAGGAGAUGCAAACCUAAAAUAUGUCGCAUUACUCGCCUUCGAAAAGAUCGUCAAAUCACAUCCAUACUUGGUUUCUCAGCAGCAAGAUGUUAUUCUUGAAUGCAUCGAUGAUCCAGACAUCUCGAUACGAAUGCGUGCUUUGGAUCUGGUGGUUGGUAUGGUCAAUCCAGAUAACCUUACAGCAAUUGUGGGACGAUUGAUGCGACAACUUCGGAAUGCACCGAUCGCCACAGCGGCAAGCGAUCCCAAUAGCGACCGGGCCAGACUUACUGGCAUAACGCCUUACGGUGAUGACGACUCAGACACAGAAGAGACUCUGCCGCAGCACGAACAGAAAUCCGACCAACCGCCGCCGCUGCCAGACGACUAUCGAAUCAGCGUCAUCAAGAGGAUACUGGAGAUGUGCUCACGCGACACCUACAGCAAUAUCACUGACUUCGAAUGGUACAUUGACGUCCUUACUCAGCUUGUCAGGGUAUCACCGGCAACAAAAGUAGCCUCGGUUAUGGAAGAGGAAGAGGAAAUGGAACAUUCAGAUGACGUUGGUGGUGGCAUUGGACACGAGCUACAGAAUGUUGCUAUACGUGUCAAGAGUGUUCGGUCGGAAGCCAUAGAUGCUGCACAGUCACUCGUGCUUGUUGAUCGGAGAGACCAAAUGUUCCCAGCAUCCGGCAACGGCGGUCAAGGUGUAUUGGAAUAUGCUGGCUGGCUCGUUGGAGAGUACGCCAACUAUCUUACUCGCCCAGAGCCGGUCAUGACCUCCCUGCUACACUCCUCUUCUCUUCAACUAUCUUCGAGAACGCUCGCUGUGUACCUGCAAGCGAUACCCAAGGUCUUCUCUAGUAUGGCUGGAAACGAUCAGGUAUCAUGGACUCCAGAGCGCAAGACGCUGAUGUCACUUCUCAUGGCCCGAAUCAUCCAUUUCCUCGAGCCGCUCUCUACGCACCCUAGUCUUGAAGUCCAAGAACGAGCGGUUGAGUACCUUGAACUCAUGCGGCUCGCUGCAGAAGCCGCGUCCGGUACUGCUGCUAGCGCAGACCAGGACACGUUUACCGAUCCACCUUUGUUACUUACACAAGCUAUACCUGCAUUAUUCUCUGGUGCUGAGCUGAACCCGGUUGCUCCUGGUGCUCAACGCAAGGUUCCAUUGCCCGAAGACCUAGAUCUUGACACACCAAUCAACCCCAAUCUACAGCAUCUACUUUACACAGCUGACGCGGAAGGUUUUGAAACAGAAGAAGACGAUGUCUAUGCAGCCUACUCGGAGCCCCCAGCAGCGUAUGCGGAAGCUCCUGUCGUUGCUGCACCGGCUGCAGAUCGCCUUGAUGCCCCGCAUAAGGAACCUACAUCAUACCAGAACGCAGCUGAGGAUGAGUAUCUGGACGCUGAUAUCAUUGCGCGUCGGAAAGCAGAAAGGAAAGAACGCUACAAAGAUGAUCCGUUCUACAUCGACCCCGAAGCGGAUAAAGGCAGCGGCGCAGUCACACCACUUAGUAGAAUUGUCCGGGAUGGCAACAGAGAGAACAACGAGUUGGACAUUGAUUCGAUUCCGAUCAUGGAACUCAACCUUGACAGUAAAGGAUCAUCUUCCGAGCAUCUACCACGAUCUCGGAGUCCACGCAAGCCGGUGCGAAGGAUCGAUAUCAUGGGCGAUGAAACGCUUGGGCCUGCAGCACCAGACGCAUCAAGAGACGACAUUGUGCGGCCACAGCCAGGAAAGGCUAAGAAAUCAUUGUUGGAUGUGGACAGCUCUGGUCUUGCGGCAUUGAGUCUUGAUGACGAAGGUACAUCGAAUCGCAAGCUUACACAGCUCGAUAUCGAAAGAAAGGCUCAAGAAGACGCGGAAAUGAAGAAAGCACUUCAAGAAGUUGAGCGAUUACGGCUUGAAAUGCAGCGAGCGAGCGAGAGGCUGCACGUCAAAGAAGAGGUCGCGGUCAAGAAGAAGAAGAGAAAGGUCAGGAGGGUUGCUGUUGAAGGAGACGAGCCAGCUGAAACGCCAACAUUAGAAGCAGAAGUCGGGGAAGAUGAAAAGGCAGCGCCUAUCAAGAAAAAGAAAAAGAAGAAGGUCAAGCCUGAGGGCCAAGACGAAGGCGUUGUUGAAGGCACAGCUGAGGGUGAGGAAGAAGGCAAGGCCAAGAAGAAGAAAAAGAAGAGGCGGACGGUGGUCAUGGAUGAGAGUGCAGAUGGGCCUGAGGAGUAG